AUGGCUGUGGGUGAGGCCCUGGUGCACGUGAGGAUCACUCUCCUGUGGCUCUGGCUGGGCAUAUUUCUUUUCCUUUCUGGAUGGCUCCAGACUGGACACUCCCAAUACUCCAGUCCCCCAGAAGUGGUGAUUCCUUUAAGGGUCACUGGCACUGGUAGAGGCAUGAGUGCUCGAGGCUGGCUCUCCUACAGCCUGCACUUUGGAGGUCAGAGACACAUCGUCCACAUGAAGGCCAAGAAGCUUUUGGUGUCCAGACAGCUCCCUGUGUUCAGUUACACUGACCAGGGUGCUCUUCUUGAGGAUCAUCCCUUUGUCCCAGAUGACUGCUACUAUCAUGGGUAUGUGGAAAGUGACCCAGAAUCCCUGGUUGCUCUUAAUACUUGUUCUGGGAGCUUUCAUGGAACACUACAGAUAAAUGACGUUGCUUAUGAAAUCAAGCCCAAAACUUCUGUGACAUUUGAACAUCUGGUUUAUAAAAUGACCAGUGAGGAGACACAAUCCCCACCCAUGAGAUGUGCAUUAUCAGAUGAAGAAAUAGCACAGCAGUUGAAGCUUCAAAAGAGUGAUAAUUCUAUUCGGAUGCAAAGUGGAUAUCAGGGCUGGUGGACCCACAGAUUGCUUAUUGAUCUAGGAUUGGUGAUAGACAAUAGACAAUUUGUUUUUCUAGAAAGAAAUAACUCAAAUGUGAUAAAAGACGUUUUAAACAUUCUUAAUGAAAUGAAACUUCUUUUAAAUGGACUGGAUGUUGACGGGGUUCUAACUGGACUUGAUAUCUGGGAUCAGGAUGACCUUGUGACAAUAAAUAAUGACAUGGUUCAGGUCCUGGGAGACUUUUGCAAGUGGAAGUCACAGCACUUUAAUGCUCGCAUAAAAAAUGAUAUUGGACAUCUCCUUUCACACCAAUAUUAUGGUGGGUUUCUUGGCUUAGCUUAUGUGGGAGUUAUGUGUAAUAACUAUUAUAACUGUGGAGUUGACAGAGUCGUUGGAAGGAAUGUGAAGUCAAUUGCCCAUACUUUGGCCCAUGAGAUAGGACAUAAUUUGGGUAUGAUGCAUGAUGAACAAGUUCAACCAUGUAAAUAUGAGCAGAGAGUAUGUGUCAUGGCUGAAGUGGACAAUAAUUCCAACAAAUUCAGAAAUUGCAGUUAUGGUUUCCUCUGGUCAACCAGUAAAUCAUCAAGGUGUAUGCAUGAUAUACCAGUACCAGUGAACUUACUUCCAUCGGGACCACUAUCAGUACACUGUGGGAAUGGUUUGGUGGAACAAGGAGAGGAGUGUGACUGUGGAUCCUUACAAUUGUGUACAGAAGAUCCAUGCUGUUUGACAAACUGCACUCUAAUAUCUGGAGCUCAAUGUGGGCUUUGUUGCAAAAAUUGCACAUUUAUGCCACCAGGCAGUGUGUGUCGAGAAAAGAGUGGUGAAUGUGAUCUUCCUGAGUGGUGCAAUGGAACUUCACACGAAUGUCCAAAAGAUGUGUAUGUACAAAAUGGAAUGUCUUGCAUGGGCAAUGGCCACUGCUAUGAAAAAAUAUGUGCCAGCCGUGAUGAACAGUGUAAGCAAAUUUUUGGAAAGGAAUCCAGGAGUGCAAAUCUGACUUGUUACAGGGAAAUAAACAACCGAGGUGACUGUUUUGGUAAUUGUGGCAUUAGCAGAGGUUCAUAUGUAAGAUGUAAUGCCAAUGACAUCCUCUGUGGGAGAGUUCAGUGUGAGAAUGUGACAGAAAUUCCUUCUUUGAGUAAUCAUAGGACUUUACAUUGUGUUCAGAUCAGAGAUAAUAUCUGCCGGGGUAGUGACUACCAUGUUGGGAUGACCAUCCCUGAUAUUGGUGAUGUGAAAGAUGGCACAGAAUGUGGUAACAAAACUGUGUGCAUCAACAGGAGGUGUGUUCCUAUGCCACUUUGGACAAGUGAUUGUUCACUUGAGACCUGCAAUAGGUCAGGGAUCUGCAACAAUAAAAAUCACUGCCAUUGUGAUUAUGGGUGGGCCCCACCUGACUGCAUGAUAGAAGGCUAUGGAGGUAGUGUUGAUAGUGGUCCGCCUCCUGUUCCACCUCCUAUUCUUCCUCCCAAGAGACGCAAGAAUUACUGGAUUCUAUUGUUUUUCAUUUUCUUAAUUGCUUUGCUUCUCUGCUUGUUAGGAAUUUUAUGGAAGAACAAAAAAGCAAUUAAUAAGCCAAAGCAAAAUUUUGCAACUUAACCUGAACAAUAGCGCAAUGUUCAGUCUUCACCCCAGAAAAAACAUAAUGAUUAAACUUCAGUUCAGACAGGAGGGUUCAAGGUUAAACUUCACUUGAAACAGAAGAGCUAAAUUUUACAAUUUCAGAAAAUAAU